AUGACAAAGCUAAAAAUGCAUCGCAGACGUAAUCUAAAUGCAAUGCAAAAACCAACUCGCACAGAAGACGCUGCUGGCAAUGCAAACGAAGACAGGCUUAGCAAGCUGCCGCAUGACCUUCUGCUCAACAUCCUAGAGAGGGUGGACACGCUCGAUGCAAUAAGGACCUGCGUCCUCUCCAAGCAAAUGCUUAAGCUCCCCGGCAUGCUCUCGCAGUUCUUCCUAAGUUGUAGCUCCAUUCCAGGUUUUUAUGAUAAAUCUCGUGUUAUCAGCCUCAGUGACGUGCAUCGAACCAACGGUGUUGUGGCUCAUGUUACGGAUAACAUCUUGAGCACAAGGAGCGAGGAGAUCACUAUCAGCAAAGUCAAAAUCAGAUUCGUCUUGGUGCCACAUGACUCUCUCACCAUUGGCAAAUCUGUCGCCUGUGCCAUGGCAACCCAGAAGGUUGGAGCAGCUGAAUUUGAGGUCAUAACGGAGAAGCCUUAUGAGUGGUGCUCUCCUGCCGACUUCCUCCACGGUGCGAAGCAGUUCAAUGAUUUUGUCGGUGCUUGUCCUGAUGCAUUUGCUGGCCUCAGGCGCCUGUGGCUGUGCAAUAUGAGGUUUGGUGAACUGGACAUCCCUAACAUCCUCAGCACUUGCAAGCUCUUGGAGUCAUUGCGUUUAACCGAAUGUGAUGCAAGGAUCCAUCCUGUGCUGCAAGUAGAGCAUGCUGAACUUGUUGAGCUUGAGAUCGACUAUGGGGAAUUUGAGAGAGUUGAGCUGAUAUAUCUACCAAAACUCCGACGGGUGAGAUAUAAGAGUUGGUUCUCUUAUAAAGAUCCCGUGUAUUUUGGUUUUGUACCACAACUUUCAAAGCCGAGCCUCAGUAAAACUGGCACCCGUUGGGAUAAGACUCUUGAGUUAAGUCAGCUUCUUGCUAAUGUUCCUUCCUUAAGCGAUCUGCAUCUGAAUUUCGAAAGUGAAAAGAUUUGGGUCCUGCCAGAAUGCCCGAAACCGCUCAAGCAUGUGUUCACCAAAUUACAGCACGUGAAUCUGGACCAUCUCCCUGAAGGACGUGAUUUAGAUUGGACAAUGUUUAUUCUUGAAGCUGCACCCUUUCUAAAAGAGCUGUGCAUCACAGUAUGGGAUCAUUGGUGCAUAAUGAUGACAGACGAAAAGUUUCGAAAGGAAAAUGGUUACUGUGAAAAGGAGGAGGUGAAGUGGAAGCCAUAUGCCCCUGAUUUCAAGCACAAGAAUCUAGUUAAGCUCACCAUCUAUGGCUUCCAACCCGACGACAACUUUGUGCGGUACAUUAGGUUCGUCAUGAAACAUGCGGUCAAUAUAACAGAGAUAUCUCUGCAUGACAGGAAGGUAUGUGGGAGCUGUGGUACCUUGGGUCUUGAGGUUUGUCCGUCAAGAUAUCCACGGACCGCCAAGAAGAGGAGGCAGACAAUUGCGAUGGUUGGUUUGACUUCACAGCAAAAAAUCUACUUUCGGUCCUAA